UCCUGCAGCGGGGCUGAUUUUCUCGGGAGGGAAGAACAGAAUAUUUGUGCAAUCUGAAAAACCCCGCAGUGUGGCUGUACGUGCGAACACCCCCGCAGCAGCACCGAAUGCAGCGCGAAUCCCCCGCACUCGCCAAAGAAAGGAAAAACCACCAAAACACCCGAAAGGAAAAAAAAAUCCCAUCCGAUAAUCUGAGGAGCAAAGGAGGGAAAGUUGUGCGUGUCCCUGUGCACCGGAGGGUGCCCACCAGUUGAUUUUACAUUCCUUCGCCGGCUUUUCGUGAUAUAUUUUAUUUAUUUUCCGCAACAGGGAAUAAACAGCUUGUCCUUGCUGCAGGAUGAAUUAGGAAGGCCAAGCCUCUUCCUCUGAGCCAUGGAGACCAGGGCAUCCUUCAUUGCCAGCAUGAGAGAGACCCAGCAGCUCUCCCCAGAGCAGGAUCCCAGCCCAGCCAAUGGUGAUGGGGAGCACUUUGAUUCAGAUGAGGGCUCCAGCAUUGAGGAUGUAGACUUCAACUGGGACGAGUUCCUGGAGGAAACAGGAGCCAGUGCUGCUCCCCACACCUCCUUCAAACAUGUUGAAAUCAGCCUUCAGAGCAGCUUCCAGCCAGGGAUGAAGCUGGAGGUGGCCAACAAGAGCAGCCCAGACACGUACUGGGUGGCGACCAUCAUCACCACGUGCGGGCAGCUGCUGCUGCUGCGCUACUGCGGCUACGGCGACGACCGCAGGGCUGACUUCUGGUGUGACGUGAUGACAGCAGACCUGCACCCCGUGGGCUGGUGCACGCAGAACAACAAGGUCCUGAUGCCCCCAGAGGCAAUCAAGGAGAAAUACAUGGACUGGACAGAGUUCCUCAUCCAGGAUCUGACCGGCGCCAGGACGGCCCCUGCCAAUUUGCUGGAAGGUCCUCUGCGAGGAAAAAACCCUGUAGACCUCAUUACAGUUGAUUCCUUAAUAGAGCUGCAGGAUUCCCAGAAUCCCUUUCAGUACUGGAUAGUUAGUGUGGUUGAAAAUGUUGGAGGAAGAUUACGCCUUCGCUAUGUGGGAUUGGAGGAGACUGAAUCCUAUGACCAGUGGUUGUUUUACUUGGAUUGCAGACUUCGACCAGUCGGUUGGUGUCAAGAGAAUAAAUACAGAAUGGACCCACCUGCAGAUAUCUAUUCUCUGAAGACUAUAACUGAGUGGAAAUGCGCUCUGGAAAAAUCCCUUAAUGAUGCAGCAAAUUUUCCUCUUCCAAUGGAAGUGUUCAAGGACCAUGCUGAUUUGAGAAACCACUUCUUCACUGUGGGGAUGAAGCUGGAGGCAGUGAAUAUGAGGGAGCCAUUUCAUAUCUGUCCUGCAUCAGUGACCAAGGUUUUUAACAAUCAUUAUUUACAAGUGACCAUUGAUGACUUGAGACCUGAACCCAGCAAAAUCUCAAUGCUUUGCCAUGCAGAUUCCUUGGGGAUCUUGCCAAUACAGUGGUGCCUUAAAAAUGGAGUCAAUCUCACACCUCCCAAGGGUUACUCUGGCCAGGACUUUGACUGGGCAGACUACCAGAAGCAGUGUGGAGCUGAGGCAGCACCUCACCUGUGCUUUAGAAACACAUCCUUCAGCCGUGGCUUCACCAAGAACAUGAAGCUGGAGGCAGUGAACCCCAGGAACCCUGCAGAGAUUUGUGUGGCUUCCAUCACCUCAGUGAAAGGACGGCUGAUGUGGCUGCACCUGGAAGGUUCACAGAUGCCCUCUCCAGAGUACAUUGUUGAUGUGGAGUCCAUGGACAUUUUCCCUGUUGGCUGGUGUGAAGCAAAUGCUUAUAACCUCACCCCACCACACAAAGCUGUUUUGCGAAGGAAGAGGAGAAUUGCAGUUGUGCAGCCAGAAAAACAGUUACCAUCCACAGUGCCUGUUGAGAAAAUACCUCAUGACCUCUGCCCAGUUCCUCAGCUAGACACAACAGGCACCAUCAAUGGGAGGUACUGCUGCCCCCAGCUCUACAUCAACCACCGCUGCUUCUCAGGUCCAUACUUAAACAAAGGCAGGAUUGCAGAGCUACCUCAGUCUGUGGGGCCUGGCAAGUGUGUGCUGGUCCUCAAGGAGGUUCUCAGCAUGGUGAUCAAUGCAGCUUACAAGCCAGGGAGUGUUUUACGAGAACUGCAGCUUGUGGAAGACCCUCAGUGGAAUUUCCAGGAGGAAACACUUAAAGCAAAGUACAGGGGCAAGACGUACAGGGCGACGGUGAAGAUUGUGCGCACGUCGGACCAGGUAGCAGAUUUCUGCAGGAGGGUCUGUGCCAAGCUUGAGUGCUGCCCCAACCUCUUCAGCCCUGUGCUGGUGGCUGAAGUCUGCCCUGAGAACUGCUCCAUCCACACCAAAACCAAGUACACUUAUUAUUAUGGGAAGAGGAAAAAAAUCAUUAAGCCACCAAUUGGGGAAAAUAACAACAUGAAAAGUGGCCAUGUCAAGCCAGCCAGACGCAGAAAGAGGCGGAAAUCCAUCUUUGUGCAGAAGAAAAGGAGAUCAUCAGCUGUGGAUUCCAAUGCUGCAGGCUCUGCAGAGGAGAGUGAGGAGGACGAGGCGGACGCGAUGGAGGACGAGACGGGCAGCGAGGAGACGAGCUCGGAGCUGCGCGACGACCAGACGGACACGUCCUCGGCCGAGGUGCCCUCUGCCCGGCCCCGCAGAGCCGUCACCCUGCGCGCCAGCGCCGAGCUGGACAGGCCCCCCGUCCCCGAGAGAGCCCGCCGCAGCCGCAGGGCCCAGCCCCACUCCGGCAGCGAGGCUGACAAGGGCACGCCAGCCAAGGAGGAAAUUAAGCCAGAAGAGGAAGAGAAGCUCGUCCUGGACAGUAACCCACUCGAGUGGACUGUGACUGAUGUCGUGAGGUUUAUUAAACUCACCGACUGUGCACCCCUUGCCAAAAUAUUUCAGGAGCAGGACAUCGAUGGCCAGGCCCUCCUGUUGCUGACUCUGCCCACAGUGCAGGAGUGCAUGGAGCUGAAGCUGGGCCCAGCCAUCAAACUGUGCCACCAGAUCGAGAGAGUGAAAGUUGCUUUCUAUGCACAAUAUGCCAACUGACUGCACUUCUGCAUUUCUUUCUCUCCUCCUUGUUCCCUGUCUUUUUGACCAUUUCAGCUUGUUCAAGGGGUUUUCUUCCCCUAUAUCCUUUUUCUUUUCUGGGAACAAGUGGAAUUGGAAGCACUGGGAGCAAUCCAUAGGGGGAAAAAAAACAAACACAAGAAGAAACGAGCUACAAAUGGAACUAACUUUUCUGUACUUGUAAAGCACAUGGAAAGACUGCUGGCAUCUCUCCUCAUGAGCCCGUCCAACCCAUUGCCCAGUGGUGCAAGGCCAGCAUGGAUCAGGUGAUUGGUCACCAAACCAAGCCUACCAGUGGCAGACACAUUCCCAAGGAGAAGGGUCAGAGGUUUCCAGGUGGUCAUGGUUUGUCUAGGACAAUUUCUGGACAUGAACAUUUCUUUUUGACAGCUCUGACACUCUUCUUUCAUAUUGAAAUGUAAGUCAUCAUUUGUAGCAUUACCUGGGGUUUAACUGCAAGUUUGAUCUUGGUGAUCUUGCAGUGAUCUUUUUUUUUUCCUUCCACCUCUCUGGUUUUACAAAAGGAAGAAAUGUUACACCAGGCAUAUAAUGGUUAUUCCUGACUGAAUUUUGGAAAGGGACUCAACCCAUGGUCUCUUGUGAUACCAGACAAAAUUGCAGUGGGCUGACAGGGGUGACACAAGACCUGGUGGGGCAGCAGCACACCCUGAGCCAUGCUGGCUCUGCACAAUCAGCUGAAAAUCUCUGUGAUGGGAUCUGUACAAUGCUCCAUUUUUUACAGGAACAUGAAGGCUUUCAUAGUCAAAAUCUUAACUCCAAGUCAAUUUAAAGACCUGUCUUGGAGCCAUAAGGUGACAGCAGACUGGGAUCAGGGACUCUGCUGACCCCUGUGCUCAGAAGAUCCUACUCACCAACACCAGGCUGGAGCUGCUGCAUUCCCCUUCACUGGUUUCCUUCUUAAAUUCUUUGGAGAAGAGGGAGGACCUUCAGAUAUAAAUACUCUGGAAUACAUCCAGAUCUUGUCCAGAGGGUGUUUUAGUCAAGAAGCUUUGCCUCUGCCAUGCAUCACUUGGGAAUUCCUGGCUUGCCUUUCAGCAGGUUUCCUGAUUUGUCACUGAGGAAUAGGAUUGGUGCAACUGCUGCAGGCUGGACCAGAUGCUGAGACUUCAUCAGAAAUGUUCUUACAUGGAAGAUGAGCAGGACUGGGUUUGUUCUCCGCUGUUGCUUUGUUCUGAAUAUCUUCUUCAAGUUUUAAUUGGUUCAAGGCAGUAUUGGUUGCCUCUGCAUCAAAUGUUGGGGUUUUGUUCUUCAGAAAUCUAGAAACAGGGUUCUGUAGUGGGGCAGAUGUUAAAAAAAAUGGGGUUUAGACUGGAUUUCCUGCUGACAGUGAAAUGUGUCAGUGCAACUGAUUUGAUAACUACUUUGGAUCCCUCUCAGGGUCCCCUGAAAGUGUUGCUCAGUGCUUCACCUGUGAAGACUGAAGGAUUGCACCCAGCAAAGUGAGAGAACAGCUGAGAAAAUCAGGGAGGCUGCUUCUCCCAGCUCCUCCUCACUUCAGCCCAGUCCUGGUGUUUCAUCUGUCAGCAGGAGACAGCUCCUGGGAGGAUUCUCUCGGGAGAACUGGAGCAUGAGGACGUUCCAAGGAAGAGAAGCAGAAGGGCUGUGUGCAAACAGCAUCCCAGCACUGAUCCUUUACUCAUCAAAUCCAGCUUCUGCUGCUGCUGUGAUGUUCUUGGAGUUUCUGGCCUCUGGGAUUUGUCAGAGACAUUUCAUGCCUUCUGGGACACACUGCAAAAAUGUCAUUUUUUGUCUCCAUCAGCCUUGUGACUGUAGAUAUUCCUAUGGCAGCUAAUUCCUCGUGGAGGCAUGACUGGGGAGCAGACACACACAGACUCUGAGAGCAAGCAGCUCUAGGGCUGGCCAGCCAAGGAAUGGGUGAAGCAUUGAGCCAAGAACAUGGGAAUCUUUACUGGCUGUUCAGGGAAGUUAAAUCAUAUUCAAAACUCGAACUAUUAAACAACAACAAAAAAGUUUUAAUUUUAUCUCGCGCCGGCUCUUUUAUUUCUGCAGAUUUCUCUCUCGCUAUUUGUCUUUCACUUUAUUGUUCUUCAGCGUUGCCUCAUUUAUCACUUUCUGUCCUCUCAAAGAAGUUGAUAACCUGAAAUCUUUAUGCUAAAAUUACCUUGGGUGGUAAAUGCUUUACAGUUUCUUUUUAGUCUGCAGGUUGGGAAGAAUACAGGGUUGUGGUAGUGUUGUCUGUUGCAUUGGUUGUUCUCCAGAAAAGCUGGAGCUGAACUUCUUGGGCCAUUUCUUACACAAGUGGACAAUGAGUGGUGUGGAGUUCAACUGGACAAUAGGCUCAGAUUGAACAGACAUCAGAAGGAACUAAUUGCCUUUGCCUGGACUUCAUUUCAAUUCUGGAACAUCUGUAAAGCUUUGGAGUAAUGUACUUCAAAGGAGAUGAUGGGAAUCCAAUCUUGCUGGAGUAAAAUGCCACUUUACUUUGCAGUGUACAAGUGCAAACCACUGUAAAUUUGUGGGAUUUUUUUGUUCCAGACCUGAUUGAUUCCAAGUUAAAUUCAGAGCUGCUGCAGUUCCACAGAUGCACUAAUGGCAGUGGUGAAGCCACAUCUCCCCUCCCUGUUGAGAAUUUGGUAUCCAGGCCUGAAGUUUGUUGUGUUACCUGCUGCAAAAUUCCACUGCUGAGAAGUGCUGAACUCGUGGUUAUCCCAGGCCACCACCAAGGGCUGGGGAGCAGCCCUGCUGUUAUUUCUGGGCUGUUGCAUGCUGACCUUCAGCACACUGACACUGACACUUUGCUCCCACAGGGAGGCUGUGCAGGUGUUCCUGGACUCUCUUCGGGCACAGGACCAAAGAUGAGCAUUUUUGGAACAAAAAUAGGGGGCUGAAGGGUGUAUGGUGCCUGCUCGUCUUGAUCUGCACUGGCUUCUUUGGAGCUUGCACUCAGGCUGAACAGAUCCAUGGGCAGGUCCUGCUCCCUUCACAGCCCUUACCUUGGCAGAAUCAGCCAAUUCCCACUUUUCAGACCCAAAGCAUCAAUCUCUGAAAUUGGAUGAAAUCAUUAACUUAAGGAGUAUCCAUGAUUUCCUGCUUGGUUGUCCUGCCUUCCUCCUGUUGUCAUGGAUGCUCUUCAAGAAAAAUGAUCUUUGAUUUCGGAGCGUUUCUUCCUUUUUCAGCUCACAAACCCUGGCUUUUCCUACCUCUUAGAGGCACAAAGGAGGAUUUCAGGGUUUUCAUCUCUUUUGUGUUAUCCAUAUUCCAUAACCCUUGAUAGUUUGGUCCUGCAGGGUGCAGAAAACCCCUAAAAAUGCUGUGUGCCCUCAGAAAACACCAAAAUCCAGCCACACCCUGUCCUUAGUGAAGUUCUCAGUAGAUGCAUGUCCCAGUUGAGAUGGCCUGACCCACCCUAGCAGAUGUAUUUGGAUGCCUGGUGGGAUUUAAAAAGUUUCUCGGUGGGACACCUAAACUCCUUUAUUUUACUCUGGGCAAACAGCUGAUUUGCCUUAAACUGGAAAGUCACCAUUCCUUGGCUUUAACCUUCAUCCUGUUGCAGUCCCAGUUGUGUGGUGUCCCCAUCUCAGCCUUUUGAAGGCAAACCAGGCAAUUCUGGGCUGCCAUCAUCAACAUUUAUUCACCUUAAAGCCUGCCUUGGUCUUUUCAGGGCACAAAAUGGAAUUUGGCAGAGCUGCUGUGCCAUCUCAGUGUUUCAGAAGCUCUGUGCAAUCAGGGCACUUCAAAUACUUUGUGCUUUUCUGGUGCAGUGCGCGUGGAAACUCUGAACUCAGUGUGUUCCUUUCAUUUCCAAGUUCAAGUGCCAAAAGAGAACAACAUGCUGCAACUGAACACCAUUGAAACCAGCUUUAUUAUGCAUGGAUAAAUACAGUCCCAAGGGCUCCAUUUUGGUGCUAAGAUCUGUCACGCUGUAUUUUCCAUUGCUUGGGAUUGCAAAGCUGAUUCCUUACUCCAGGAAAUAUUUUCUGUAAUCUGCAACAUCUUGAACAUUAGAUUUAUUUUUUCUUUUUCUUGUGACUGUACACUUUUUAACUUGGAUACACUCAACAAAUACUCCUUCACCCACAAUACUGGGUGUUUAGGAGAUGUUUUAUACAGUAUGUUUAUGUAAAAAUUCUCUCAAAAUGUGGAUGCAUGUAUAUUUUCCCCCUCACUAAUAUUCUUUAUCACAUCACCUGACCCAGAACUAAAGGAAUCUGUUACUCAGGAUUUGAUCCAGAAAUAACUGAGGUUAGUGUUAGGGCCCUCAAGACGUGUGGGUUGUGGAACCAGUUUUGCUCACAUAGAAGUCAAAAAGUCUGCACUUAAUUAACAGAAAAUUUAAAUGCCUCCUUCUGCUAGCAGGCAGAAAUGCAGCUGCAGUCUGUCAGACUUCACAAGAGAGGGCUUGUGUCCUUAGGUGCUCAUGAACUCCCUGUAAAGGAGCAGAAGCCUUUAAUGGUCUCAUUUAUUUUUUGGUGCAAUACUCCAGCAAGAAGUGUAAAUGGUGUUAAUGGCUGCAUAUAGAAUAUGAGCCAGUCAUCAAAGAUGAGAAUUUUAUAGCCCAGCAAGGCUUUAAAAAUGUCAGCUGUCCUGCAGAAUGAGUGGUUUUGCAGUGAUUUGAUGCCAUGCAUGGGAAUCCUCUUGCAGAAGACAGAUGAGCUGCACGAACCUGGGUCAUAGUUACAAAUACUCGUGGCCUUUCUCUUUUUUUUAGUCUAUGGUGUUAAUUUUUGCAGUGAAAAAGGUAAGUCUUGAUCACUGCCAAGGAUGUGGGAUAGGAGGGAGAGGGGGCUUCAAGAGGAGGGAGCCUGGAGUUCUGGACUUGAGUUGUCUUUGUGGAGAGAGAGCUCUCAGAACAGCAGCACAGCUGGGCUCUGUGAGCAUCAUCCCUGAAAGCUUUUCUUUUUCACAGCAAAAAUGGUGUUUGAGUCCCAGCAGGGGCCAGGUGAGAGGAGGGAAGGAAGCUGGCAAUAGACUCAGAGCUACAAUACUGAAAAGUUCUAUUUUUUAUUUCCCAGUGGAGACAGAGAAAUCUGACUCAGAUAUCUCUAGGCUCAUUGGCUGGAUAGGAGGGAAAAUCAGUCUUUUUUCAUUGUACCCAACUCUGGUGUGUCUUCUGGAGUUUGGGAGCUGAAGACUCUCCUCUUGCACCUUCCAGGCCUCCAUAGGAAAUACCAGGCUAAAACUUGAGCUGUCUCCCACUGGAAAAGGUGACACUGCCCUGAGUUCAGGUUGUGGAUGUGCAGAACCCUCUGCUCUGUGUUGUGAUGUGACAGGAUGAAAAUGCUCAUUCCCAGGGCACCCCACCUGCUUCUUGUUGCUCCAGCCUCACUGGAGAUUAUGGACAUACAAAUGUCUGUAAUUUAUACAUUGUAAAUGUGUGCAUUCCAUUUCCCCAUCCCUGUUCUGCCUGACCUGGUCAGGAUGUGCCAAGUUGUUCCAGCAGCUUCACCUUCAGGGACCUACCUGCUUUCUGGAAAACACCUGGGGAAUGGUGUGGGAAUGGUACCAUGGCACUUUGACAUGCACAGGCAGGGGUGCCCUGUGUGUUCCAAGGGAGGUGACAGUCCCAAAUGCAGCCUUGGAGGGGAGUUGAGGCUUUUCAUGUGCCUUGUGUAGGACAAGGCAAGCACUUAAACCCUCCUGUCUCUCCUGGAGCAGCAGGAAUUGGCUCCACAACCAGCAGUUACCCUCCAUUCGUGGUGGUGCAUGUUGGAAAACUUUGAAUUGUUCUGCAUUCCAGUUUGUACUGAAGGUUUUUGACCCCAAGUUUGUGUACAUAAUCCCUUUGGUGUGUUGAUACAUAUGUGUGUAUAUAUAUAUGUAUAUAUAUGUGCGUGUAUAUGUAUGUGUAUAUAUAUAUACAUAUCAACCAAUCAAUGCUGGUGUUUUUACUUUUUCAAGUUCCCAGGGCGAAGGGCAUGUUGUCAGUUUGCUGUAAGAUUCUAUUCUGUAUAUAUGUUUCCAUGUAAAUAAGUGAAAAUCUAUAUUCAGAGUUAUAUUUUAAUUUUUAUUCAGAAUGAAAUCCCUUUUUACUUGAAACAGUUGUAAGCCACGUUGUUAAUAAAGUAACAAUAAGUCAUA